AUGGAUAUCCAAACCCUAAUCCAAGCUUUGAAAGAGCACUGGAAAGCACUUGCUUUUACAACAUUCAUUCUCUACUUCAUCUCUUCCGCUAUCUACAAUUUACAUUUCAGCCCCCUCUCCAAGUACCCCGGCCCCCUCCUCGCCAAAAUCUCCUCCCUCCCAAACUUCUACUACACCACCACCGGCAACCGGCACAUCUGGAUCUGGCAAUGCCAUCAAAUCUACGGCCACACAUUCCGCUACCACCCCACCGGCCUCCUCUUCUCCACCGCCCCCGCCUACCGCAGCAUCUACGCCACCAAAUCCAACGUCCGCAAGUCCCCGUCCUACGCGGUAUGGGCGCGCAACGAGCAGAACCAUAACACGCUGACGGUGUUGGGGAGAGUGGAACAUGCUGUGAAGAGGAAGGUGUUGAAUCUGGCGUUUUCGGAGAAGGCGGUUAGGUAUGCGGAGGGGAGGGUUAGAGGGGAGGUGGGGAGGUGGGUUGAUGUUUUGGCAGAGGGGGAGGAGGGAAAGGGGGAUGGGUGGUCAGUACCGAUGAAUGCGGCUGUUGUGACGAAUCGAUUGGUGUUCGAUAUCGCUGGGAAUUUGACUUUUGGUGUGAAUUUCGGGUUGAAGGAGAGGGAUGGUGGGAGGUUUAGGGAUAUUCCGGAGGCGAUGGCGGAGCUUUUGAGGUUUAUGUAUCCGAUCUCUCAAUCCCCCUUCAUCAACACCUGGGUCUAUCUCAAACCUCGCGGCCUAGAUCGCGUGAUGGACUAUUUCGUGCCUAAGAAUAUUAGGAUGUAUUAUGACUUCAUUGACGAGCAGGUUGGGAAACGGAUGAAGGAGGAGAAAGAGAGGGAGAAGUUGGGUGGUGAUGAUGGGAAGGAAAAGGAUAUGUUUCAUUACAUGUUUCAGCAGAAAAAGGAGGAUGGGAAUCCGGUGUAUUCGAUUGAUGAGUUGCGCGCGGAGGCUAAUUUGUUGUUGAUUGCUGGCUCCGACACAACCGCCGUAACCCUCUGCGCCUUCUUCUUCUACAUAACCCGCCGCCCCCUCUGCUACGAAAAACUCACUCACGAAAUCCGCACAACCUUCACCUCCGCCUCCGAAAUCCGUACCGGUGCCGGGUUAACCUCCUGCACCUAUCUUACAGCCUGCGUAAACGAGAGUCUCCGUCUCGGCGUCGCCGGCGCCGGAACCCUUGACCGAGUCGUCCAACUCGGCGGCCUGAUCAUCGACGGCGAGUACAUCCCAGCCGGCACCACAGUCGCCUGCUCAGGCUGGACAAUGAUGCAUAAUGAAGCCAGUUUCGACGGGGCGUAUGUCUUUCGUCCGGAGCGCUGGAUCGCGAAUCGUGCUCACGGCGUGACGGAAGCUGAUGUUGCGCGUGCUUGGAGCGGGUUUAAUCCGUUCAGUGCCGGGCCAUGGAAUUGUGUUGGUCAGAAGCUGGCGCUUAUGGAGUUGCAGAUUGUGAUUGCGAGGACGAUGUGGGCGUUGGAUGUGAGGCUGGCUCCGGGGGAUAGGACGGGGGCUGGGAUGAGGGAUGGGUGGUGGGGGAUGAGGGAUACGGAACAUUUUCAGGUGAGGGAUGCGUAUGUUACUUUGAGGGACGGGCCGGUUGUGCAGUUUAGAAAGAGGGUUUAA